UGGAAAAAAUUGAAAUGGUUGGGAAGCUCUACUUGCAACUUCUCAGCGUUGGCAACAUCCUUUUCAUAGACUGGAAAGCUGAAGUUUGUUGUGACCCCAAACACAAAGUAACAAUCUACGCAGAGUUUGGAAUAGCCGGAAUCCUUGUUCAGAGCAACAAACCCAUCCUGGAAGAAUUAGACGGCAUUUGCAAAGUCAUGGAGCAUUGCCUUGUGGAGUGGAAGAAAUAUCUGGAGACUCAAAGGAAUAAUUAUUGCCAUCUAAACAUGUUCACUGCACGCCAACUCUUCUACUUGUGUAGCAAGUUAGCCCAACUGCAUGAAGGACAAACAGACCCACAGGUUUUGAAUAUGCUUUCUGUUUUCAAGCAUGAUGUUAUAGAAGAGGAUAUCAGAGAGGCAUUAAAGAGAGCACUUGAAACUCCUGCAGAAUCCACUGAUAUAUCACAGAAAGAUGAUCUGUCCGUGUCCUGGAAUGACUACGUUGUUAAAUUUCCUCAGCUCAUCCAAGGUCUGGUUGAGUCUGGGUAUGACAAAUCAGUGGGUAAGGCAGCUCUGCAGAGUUUCCUGCCAAACUCAGCCAUUACAGAGCAUAUGCUCAUGAAAUUUGCCUUAGACUACGCUGAUGAAGAGGAAGAGAUUGAAGAGCUGAGCAAAUUAUAUGACGAGCAGAGAGAAGCCUUUCUGCAGAAUUCCAUGAAGUUUAAAAACAGGAACAGAGAUGUGGAUCCAUCUACCUUCCAAAGUCUUGCGAAAGAUGAACUGGCCAUUUCCUUUGAGAGUUUGCCAUCUAUUCACGCCAAGGUGCAUUUGCUCUGGAACGCUUACUGUAGCAAGCUCACUGGCCUGGUGUCGGACAAAUACAUCAGCCUGGAUGUUUUCGGUGAAAUGCUGAAAUACCUGACGUCUCCUGAAACCGCUGUCAUUGAGAGGAAUUUACCAGUGGGUUUGGAAGCGGGGAAGCCUUGCCUUGUCACAUGUAAAGAAGAGCAGAUGUUACCCUCCUUGCUGUCUGUCUAUAGGCACUCUGAGGGGGCACCUCUUCCAACGUAUGAUGAGGUGCUGGUCUGUACCCCUGAGACAGAGGAAGAAGACAUUGAGCUGAUUGUGAGGAGAGCUCUUUCCCCAGAGUCCAGACACAAAAAGAUCUAUUGCUUGCUUGGUGCAGAAAAAUUAGUUUACAAAGUCUCCGAACAGCUGGAAUCCCUCUUCUUCCACUUUGCACAAUCUUGUAGCAAUGCGGAUUACAGGUUUCUUAUCUUCUGUGACACCAAAGCUCACAAUUCUUAUGUUAUAACGGCCUUCAACACAUACAAAGUCUCCUUUUCCUGUGAUUCGGGAGUAGAAAUUCAGAAAUACCUGAAGACACACCUGAGAGUGCCCAGUGGGGUGGCACCUGUUGCUCAGGUCUUUGAAGAAUCUUAUCAACAGAACAUGAAGUUUGUAUUUUCAGAGCGAGCUGGCAUGGGGAAGUCUUUGUUUGUAGCAAAUACCACCAGAAAAGCCAAAACCCGACCAGAGAAUGCAGGACUGAGACACAAAACCAUUAGGCUGACGGAGUCGGAAAUAGAUUUUGGAUUUCUCCUGGAGGAGCUUCGCUCACUGGAACAGAAACCAACUGAGGCUGGGCCCAGGAUCUUCCACAUUGACGUAUCCCCUGUGGUCUCGAAGGGUCUUUACAAGUUACUGAUUGAGCUGUGCAUUCUGAGACACAUCCAAAGCCCUGAUGGCAUGGUCUGGAAGUGCAGAGAGUCCCAUCUUUAUUUGAUUGAAUACCUGGUGAGAGGAAAAGGCAUAAGCAGCACAAGAAAACAAGAGAUGACCAGUGAAAUGGAGAAAGGAUUUCUAGGUCUCCUUCCAGCUGUGAAAUGCAUGUCACCAAUAGAAGUACUAGAGAUACUUAAAAACAACAGUUCUGGAGCUGCUGCUGGCGUGGAACAACAGCUACUGGACAGUGACACGUUCAAGGGUGAUGCCUUCCAAAGGUCAUAUCAGUACAUCAGCAGAUAUCAGCGAAAGGCCAAUCUUGACAGGUUCUGUUUCACCCCUGGGAGGGUUGAAGGGACCCAGGAAGUGUGUCUGAGGCUCUUGUUGGACUCCUGUGGGAGAAAGAACCCUUCCUGGACUGAGCUCAGCAACUUCACGCGCUUCCUAAACCUCCAGCUGAUGAAGUGUGAAAACUCAGUGUUCUGCAGCAGCAAAUUAGCUGGAGAGGAAUUUAAGGGGUUUAAAGCAUUUAUUGUAAAAUUUAUGAUCACCAUGUCCAAGGACUUUGCCUUGCCUUCCCUAGCCAUGGCAGAUGAAAGCUCACCCAGCGAAGAGGAGAAAAUGGACGAGGACAGUGUAUUGAGAAGCUAUCAGCUAAGACGCAAGUGGGAGCAAGAGUCUCACCCCUACAUAAUUUUCCAUGCUGACAACCACUCCGUGGAGUUUUUGGGUUUUCAUAUCAAUUUGAGUUUUGAUGCUGUUGAUGCACAUUCACAGGCUGUUCUAGAGAAGAAGGUUAUUGACCGACGUUUAUAUCUCACCCUUGAGGCUCAGAAAGUCCCUUUCAAUAAAAAGUUUGAAGAUCUGUCCAGACAAGAGCAGCUAGAAACUCUCUGCAGCGUAUUCGGUGUGAGAAGCUCCCAAGACCCAGAUGAAUCCUACAAACUGACCCUGGACAAUACCAUGAAAAUGCUGGCCAUUCACCUGAGGUUCCAGUGUGGGAUUCCCGUGAUUGUCAUGGGCGAAACAGGCUGUGGGAAGACCAAGUUGGUGCAGUUCAUGUGCAGCUUGCAAAGAGCAGGAAGGGAUGUUCAGAAUAUGAUCCUGGUGCGUGUUCAUGGAGGCACCAGCUCCAAAAUCAUCCACCAGAAAGUCAAGGAAGCCAUCGAGCUGGCGCGCGUCAAUGAAGAGACGCACAACAUGGACACGGUGCUGUUCUUUGAUGAAGCCAACACCACCGAAGCUGUGUUUGCAAUUAAAGAGGUCCUAUGUGACCAGAGUGUGAAUGGAGAGCCAAUCUCCACCACUCGCUUAAAAGUGGUGGCUGCUUGCAACCCUUACAAAAGGCACACCAAGGAAACCAUUGAGAAGCUAGAGAAAGCUGGCUUGGGGUACAGAGUUCGGAGUGAAGACACCCUAGAAAAGCUGGGCUACAUCCCUUUGAGGCAGCUGGUGUAUCGGGUGCAGCCUCUUCCACCGAGCAUGUUGCCCCUUGUCUGGGACUUCGGAGAGCUAAAUGAAAAUACUCAGAGUCUGUACAUCAGACAGAUUGUUAAAUCCAUCGUGAAAGACAAGCUUCCCGAAGAGAACAUGGAUGUUUUUACCUCUGUCAUUUCCACCUCCCAGAAGUUUUUAAGAGAAAAGAAAGAGGAAUGCAGAAUCGCCAGUCUCCGGGACAUAGAGCGCUGCAUGCGGGUGCUGCUGUGGUUUUAUAGCUUAAGAGACCUGCUUUUUCCUCUUAUCGAUUUAAAAAAGAGUAAGGCUCAACAGUCAAAUGACUAUGACCCGUCCAUUCAUGCCCUUGCAAAGGGGUGUGAGAAAGAUCAGAUAUCUGCAUUAAAUGAAGCACAAAGAUCUCUGGUUCUUGCAGUUGGGGUUUGCUAUUAUGUAUCUCUCGAGAGUCGCCAAGAUUAUCUGAAAGAGAUCGCAAAAUGCUUCUCUGUGCCCGAAUCCCUGCUUCAACUAGAGAUUGUACUUUGCCAAGAGGUGUUCCUGGAUAACCUCUCUGUUCCCAGCACAACAGCACGGAAUGAUGCCCUAAGGGAAAACAUCUUCAUGAUGGUCAUAUGCAUGGACCUGAGAGUGCCGCUCUUCCUUGUCGGGAAGCCAGGUAGCUCCAAAUCCUUGUCUAAGACCAUAGCCGCUGACGCAAUGCGGGGCAGAUUAUCUGAAAAAGAAUUGUUCAAACGGUGCAAGCAGAUCCAACUGAUGUCAUUCCAGUGCAGCCCUCAUUCCAAGCCCGAAGGAAUCAUCUCCACUUUCAAACAAUGUGCACAGUUCCAAAGGGGCCAGAAACUGAAGGAGUUUGCCUCUGUGGUUAUCCUGGAUGAGAUAGGCCUUGCAGAAGACUCACCUGAGAUGCCCCUGAAGACACUGCACCCUCUUCUUGAAGAUGGUUGCAUUGAUGAUGAAGCCCCAGAACCUUACAAAAAAGUUGGCUUUGUUGGCAUUUCGAACUGGGCCCUGGACCCUGCUAAAAUGAACCGGGGCCUCCUUGUGUUCCGGACCGACCUCAACAAAGAUGAGCUGGUGAAGACCGCCAAGGGGAUCUGUGCUGUUGAUCGGCAUGUUACCAAGAUUGAGCGUUUGUUCCCCUCCCUGGCUGACUUCUAUUGUGAGGUGUUAAAGGAACAGUCCAUGGAAUUUUUUGGGCUCCGUGACUUCUACAGCCUCAUCAAAAUGAUACUGUUCUACACCAAGAACAUAAAAAGCAUCUCCCAAGAAAAACAGGUCAUUGCAAAAGCAAUUCUGAGAAACUUUGGAGGUUUAAAAGAUCUCAAUCCUUUAGAACUGUUCAGAAAGUGCUCACCCAUAUCUCUGCCUUCCAACUUAGAAACCAUCCAUACAGUUCAUUUGUUACAGGAAAAUUUAGACAAGAAACAGAUGGGGUUUGUAUCUAGAUACUUGUUGCUGUUAACAACAAACCAUGCGGCUUUCCAGAUCAUACAGAUGACCAAACUCAUGGACAUAGAGAACUGUGAUAUUAUAUUUGGCUCGGGUUUCCCAUGGGACCAAGAAUAUUCACAAGUGUGCCGCUCUGUUAACAGAGUGAAAAUCUGCAUGGAGAUAGGCAGGCCCGUCAUUCUCUUAAACAUUCACAACCUGUACGAAAGCCUUUAUGAUGCGCUGAAUCAGUGCUUCGUCAGGUUAGGAGGAAACUAUUAUGUCGACCUUGGCCUUGGAACUCACAGGGUUAAAUGCCGUGUGAAGGAGGAGUUUAGGUUGAUUGUGAUUGAGGAGAAGAACGUGGUUUACACGCAGUUCCCCACCCCGCUGUUGAACAGGCUGGAGAAGCACUGCUUGGAGAUGAACACCAUUCUGCACUGGCAGCAGAAGGGGCUGACGACACAGCUGAAUGAAUGGGCCAUGUUGUUUGUCACUAUCAAGAACACUGACUUCUGCUGCACGAGGCCGGCAGACCUGGCUCCCCAGGAACGUGAUGUUUUCAUUGGUUUCAGUGACGACACUUCUGCCACUGUUGUUCUGCAGUGCUCUCCGAGUGGUUUUCAUGGGAACUGUCUGCCCGAUGAAGAGUCAGUCCUCUCAGCUUCUAAAAGUAAACUCAUUGAGUGUGCAACCCCCGAUUCCAUCCUGCGCCUCAAAUAUUCUCCGCUGGAGGAUGCGGAGCAGGUUCAGGACCUCUAUUUUGGAAAGCAGAAGCACAAUGGCCUGAUUGACAUUCUGUGGGGGGCAGUGAAGCAAGAGUCAAAUGCAGAUGGCACCAAUGGACUGUGCCUGGAGGUUUCUACACAUGCAAGACUUCUAAACCAGAGAGAUUUGGAAAUAGUAAGAAAGAGACUGAACCUCCAAAAUAAAAUCCGCUGUCUUUUUCUAAAGCAGUUCCAUACAGAACAUGCAUUCCGCCAGGAACUUAGUAAGUUCUUCAGAAAAUCGACAGAAGAGAAACUGCUUUUUGUCCAGUUCAACUUUGACGAGCCGCAGAGCAGCAAAAGGCUUCUUGCCUGUGCAAAGUACUGCAUAGAGGAUGAGAGAAGAAAACCAGGAACGACCGGUCCAUCACACGCCGUCAUCAUAACCAAAGUCCCAAGGAUACUUGGGGGGUGCAGCUACCUGGCAUUCAGUGCUGGUGAGUGGCGCUCUGUUCACUUGGAUGACCUGCUGCCUCCCGAGACCUUUGCAGCCAAUCUGGGACAGCUCUCCAAAAUGACAGUCGCUGAGAUUUUCAUGAACAGCACCCAGCAGGGAACCGACACAGGUUGUCCAGAGGAUUCUAUUGCCCCUGAAGAGGCUGAAAAAGCCAAUGACUCCCCAGAGGAAAAUCUGCAACUGAUCAACACUGAAUACACGAUCAAACAAAGUGUCCAGAAAGCUGUGAUCCAGCUGGAGGAUAAGAAAGACAACAGCCAGCGAGCUACAGAAAGGAUACAGAUUCUCUGUGGUGCACUUUUUCAGUCUCAAAGCAAGAAUAUAUUUGCUCAUCAUUUUAUGGAAGUCUUGAAAAGGAGAAUUUGUAACCUUUUACAAGAACGAGAGAUGGUGAGCCAUAAGCCAAGAGAGUGGAUUUUCCGUAGAGCUCUGUCUAGCGAGUUCAUACUUGAAGGCGCUUCAUUCAGGCAUGUUGUCUGGAUUCAUUUGGAAGACAUUGUGGCAAACAUGUUUGCUCAAAUUCUAGCAGUAAUUGAUGCAAACAACAACUUGGAUCAUAUCGCUCAAGAAACUCCUGUCUCUGACCUCUGGCUCCAGAUGUUCAAAGAUGAAUCAUUUCUGAAGAUUAAGUAUACCAGCAAGACCCCUGAUGCAAAGAUUUCUGUGUUAUCAAUGAGCGAAGACCCCAGCAGGUCUGUGCCUUGCUGCUUUCCAUUCAGCUGGGUUCUGAAAGCUCGCCUGGAUGAGAUAUGGGAGACAGUCCAUCGGGUGAAAGGUUAUCCAAAGGACCCUACUAUGGACUCUGCUGAGAUGUUUCAAAGGUCUGUCUUGAAAAUACCAGUGCCAGAUGGCAAUAGUCCAGAAAUGGUUCAGCGUUAUGCCAGUGAUUUUGUGAGGAUGGCUUUUCCAGGGCAAGAUGUUCAGGUUUAUGAGAUUUUGUCUAAUGGUCUCAUAACUGGUGCGAAGCAGCUCUGCGCCUCUUUGGCAAAUGACAAUGUGAGGUUUUCCCUGAUUUGGCUGCACAUUGAAUAUUUCUACCUACAAGAGAAUUAUCAGCUGUUCAUCAAUUUAGUGAAGAACGAGGAGACUUUAGUCAAUGAGCUGCUGAAAGUUUAUAAAGAAGACACAACUAAAAGGUUUCUAGCUCUUGAUGCCGUGAGCAUCGUCCUGAAGCAACUGCAGCCCACAGAGAAGGAGCUUCUACCAUUCAACGCCUGCCUGAGCUGGCUGAAAAGGAUCAAGUUCAUUAAGCACACUGUGGAGCUGAUCACAUCGGACAACUACCUGAUGAGACUUUACCGUAACAAAGGGGAAUUAUUGAACAGCGUAUUACACCAAUGGAAUUGCACCAACAUCGUCUACCUGCUCAUCGAUCACCUGCUACACGAUGAAACCACUAUAGAUGAGAAGCUGCUAAAGCUCGUUGUGAAGCAGUUUGUCUUCCUCUGGCAAUUACUGUAUGAUAUUGAAGAUCACAAACCAGCGAAGAUUUUUGAAGUUGUAACAAAAGUGCUGACGAGAUGCACCAACAAUGCUGCUACCGUCUAUCUUGUGAAGGGCGUGAACAAAUGCAAAAGCUGCCAGAACGAGAUCACUGACCCGGCUGAGCUGCCCUGCGGUCACAUUUUCUGCACUCAGUGCAUCUGGGAGUGGAACAUCCGGCAGUGCAAGAUCUGCAAGGAGAGCGUCCCCGAGGAUUACGUGCCCACCGCCUCCCCGAUCACCAGGUAUCGCACAGUCGCCUGA